AUGGGAAGCUGGAUCAAGCCGAUGGUCGUGGGACUGCAAGAACAACUGGGCUGCAAAUGGAUAGAAAUAGGAUGUGACAUCAUGCAGUGCGACGUGAUGACGCAAGCAAUAGCAUCGCAGGAAAACAAGCUCUCCGAGAGCCCCUAUAAAAUAAUCCGAAAAAACACAAACAUAGGAAAACUGCGGGCGCACUACAGAGAGUACGUCUUUGAAAUAGAAAAACUGAUAGGCUCGAAGAGCAACAACGAAAAAGCAAUGGCUCUAAAAGACGGCAAUCUGCCCAUCAGAAUAAAUGAUGGAGCGAAUGGAAUAACUGCAUAUUUAUCUAAAAAUGCCCUAGACUAUUUGAAACACCACGAAAACGUGGCAGUCAGCAUUGAGUCGUUGCUUACCAUGUAUGGAAGGCUGCUCAAGGGGUACUUUAUAGUGAACACGAAUGAAAAUAGAAGAAUAAGCCUGUACAUUGAGAAGAUGUCCUACAUCGGAGAAAGGCCCGAAACAGGAAGUGUUAAAAACCGAAAGGCUCUGAGAGAUAUAAACGAUGAAAAAGAGGUGUAUAGCAUAACCCAGAAGAUAAAAGAAGAAAUCAGCAUAUACAGAGCCUGUGCUAAUAUACCUGACAUUCAAGAACAGCUGAAAAGCUUUACUAUCGCCAACGACAUAGAGAUAAUAGACCCCUACAAUAGCACAGAGCCACUUCACGACAAUAAAAAGAUAUCACACUCCCAGGUGUACAUAAAAGACACACAGGAUAUUCUGUUUAAGUCCAUAGAAAACGGGCUAGAAAAAGACCAGGAAUCUGAUGCAGUAAUUAAUAAUGCUGGUGUUCUAAAAGAGGUCAGUGCAGAAAUUAUGAAAGAAUGUGCAUCUGAUGAUAAAGAUAAAAACAAUGAUAUGCAGAUGGAACUAAAGGAGAAUACAGACAGCGACUCUUUCUCUGUACCCAGUCCAAUGCCUGCUAGCUACGUAAAAGACAUUCCGUGCGAAAUAAGUCCUACAAAAAAGAAGAAAAAGAAGAAGUCAACUAAGAAAAAUAAACUUACGAAGAAUGAAGAUGAAGCACAGGCAAUUAUCUUAGAAGCUGCUCCAGAUGUACAGGAAAAGACUGCAUCGCCUGUGGUAGCUGUAAUAAACCAAGAAGAUUCUAAUGCAGAUUCACUGAAGAAACAAUCUGCAGUGGCUUCACCAAAGUCCCAAAAUGCAGUAAAGUAUUCGCCAUCCAGCACAGCAUCGCCUGUGCAGUAUGUAGCAAAUAUAACCAGUCCAAUCAAGAAGGCCAUAAGACAGAGUAUAUCAUACGCAUCCUCAAACCUAAUCGUAAACCAGCCGAUAAAAAGCGAUCAUUUGCAGCAGAAUAAGAUACCGUCCAUUGGAACUCCAUCCUGUCCUGUUACGCCAAUAAAGAGCAAAAAACAAAGUGGCAUAGAAGUGCAAAUAGUAUCACCUAAAAAGAGCAAGUCUGUAAAAACAGUGGGAGAUGAUACACUGGACAGUGUAGUUAUAACGCCAAGUGUGCUGAAGACAAUAAACACUUCUGCAGAGAUAAAACCAAGUAAAGAUGCAGUGUCUUCUCAGAAAGCAGAUGAAAGUGACCCAGCAUAUUACUCAGCUGCAGAAGAUGAAAAAGAAGAGUGGUCAUCAGUUGAGGAGAUAUCAGAAACACAAGCAAACGAAAUGAUCGAUGAAACUAUUUCAAACGUCACUCCUGUUCUUACAAUAUCUGAAUAUCUGAAAAAACAAAAAAAAGAGAACUCGUAA